UUUUUCCCAGCCCGACCAGAUCACACAAAGCAAUAUAUCACGGGCGAAAUGAACAACGCCAGUUAGCUCAGAUCAGUCGUAAUUGGCACAGAUCGCGACGAUUCGAACGAUUGAAAAGUUACACGGAUUCAGAACUCAAAUCAAUCAAUCCCCACAGGAAUAUUCGCUUCCGUUUUGCCCAAAGAUAACGCGAGUCUGACCCAGAUUGCACCUAAUUCAGGUUGCAACCCUUCCAAUCAGUGGCCACCCAUCGUUCUGUCCGCGAUCAUCUCCGUUUCAACAUGAACUCCAUCAUCUUAAGCAGCAUUGUAUUGCUCGGCUUUUCAGUUCACAGCGAAGGUACAUUGUGGAGUUUGGCCGAUUCGAAUGGUUCAUCAAGCGAUGCGUUCGAUUUUGACUACUACGGCGAACGUUACCAGUUUUGCCAAGCUUCUUUCGGGUCUGCUAGCACGUUUUACACCGGAACGAAGUUGGUCAAUGAGGCCGAGUGCCGAUUUCCGAUCAAAAGCUCUGGAUCUGUGAAUGGAUCCACGACCUUCAAAUUGCUGACCCUUUUGGGACAGGAGGAGACCUCUUGGAAGUAUGGGACGCGGAAUGAGGUUCCCGACAAUGCUAUUCCUUGUGAGGAUCAAGACAUCGAAAACUGCUUUUUAGGCGUGUCCGUGUAUUCGGACGGUAUAUGCCGAGAAGCCCCCGGAAAAAUCAGUGCGAGCCAUAACAUGAUCUACAUGCAGGUCAAAGGGAAAUUCUACCGCUGCCCCUUCUAUUUCUAUCUCACAACAACCAUGAACCCCUAACUUGUAACAGUUCAGACCGAGAUUGGGACUUAGAGUUUCUGAAUAUUUAUUUCUUCAUUCCAAUGUAAACGAAGGGCGAGGUAAUUAAAAUUGUUUGGUCAUAGUA